AUGCAAAAUUCGACCCAACACGGUUGCCAACAAUCCCCAAAAGUACAAAGACCCCAAAUUUCAAACACAAGAGUUCAUUGGCUUACUUUCGUUUUUUCUACCAAAUGGCUUUAACUCUGUACCAUUUUCCGCCAAGUGCGCCCUCAAGAGCGGCCCUCCUGAGUGCCAAAGCCGUUGGUGUGAAAGUCGACGUCCAAAUUGUCGAUUUGUUCGCAAAAGAACAACUCAAACCCGACUUUGUCAAGGUUAACCCACAACACACCGUUCCCACGUUAGUAGAUGGGGACUUCACAGUGUGGGACAGCCAUGCCAUUGGGCCUUAUCUCGCAAAAACCCACGGAAAAGACGACACACUUUACCCCACAGACCCCAAAGAGAAAGCAUUAGUUGACCAACGGCUGUACUUCGACUGUGGCACUUUGUACCCAAGAAUUCGCCAAAUUUGUUUCCCAGUGUUGUUUUUGGGUGAAGAUGAGAUCCUGGAUGAGCACAAAACCGCCCUUGAUGAAGCUCUGGGAUUCCUCGAUAUUUUUCUCGAAGGAAAUAGUUUUGUUGCAGGCGAUAAGCUUACAGUGGCCGAUUGUUCGUUAGUAGCUUCAGUUUCCAGCAUUGUUGCUGUUGGUUGGGACAUUACACCAUAUUCAAAUGUGGCUUCAUGGCUUGCUCGAUGUGCCUUAACUAUCCCUGAUUAUGGCGAGGCAAACCAGGCAGGAGCCGAGCAAUUUGGCAAAGCGGUCCGAAGCAAAUUAGCACCAGGACAAAUAUAAUUUUUCUAUAAAUAAAAUGACUUAUUUUUUAAAA